UCUACUGAAAGGGAAACAGGUCUUUAAAUUGCCGUAGUCUCUCUAUUUAUUCUACCUAGUCGAAUACAUUAGUACGAGCAGUGCCUGCUAUUUGUUUAAAUCAAGUUUCUACCUUUUUCAAUACAUUGAUCGGAAGCUCUAAUAGUUCGAGGAAAAACAAAUCAUCUACACUAUAUGGUUGACUGUUUCAAUCAGGAGCUCUUUUAUUAAUUUUGCUCUUUUAUUGCGGUUAGACGCUUCCAGCUGACCUGGAUAAAGCUAUACAGAUCGAAGCAGUCACAACCGUUCGUUACGGGGGGCGGAGAUGCACAUGCAACACCCGGAAGAUCGUCAGGAAUGCUUGGACAGCGAAAUUCAACAGUAUGACGCUAACUAUGAAAAGUUUCAAUUCUUAAUAGCCAAUUACCAUCCGAGGUUGGCAGCCGAAACUGAUAUCUAUACUGAGAUGGCAAAAGAAGCACAACCUACUCGUAGUAACAAGGAUGAAACGGAAAUCAAUCGCCUGUUCGGCACUCAACAAAAGACCACCCAACGUUGCCAACGAACUCCACACCUCGGAAAAGCGUGGCGAUGUCCGGUGAUGGAACAGCGGAAAAACCCUUCAAAACAAUCCUGCAAGCCACGAAGCACGCCGGUAAGGAACCUUUCUCAGCAAUUUACGUGGACGCCAAGAAUGCAAAAUCGGAAUCACUCUACCAACUGGCAGCCAAAUCUCAGCUCAAGAAAAUUAAGAAGCUCUGGGUUCGCGAUGGCUUUAAAAACGUCGGUAACGAGUGUAUGGCUCACAACCGCACGGGGGAUACGGGUUGGGAUUGGAACGAUUCAUGUGCUGGCUGCUCAACAGGUACCACAUUCGUGAGGUUUGUCUAUACCCCAGGUUCUUGGAGAGAUGCACACCUACAGCAGUAUCUGCAUUUAUACUUGCAAGCAUUCGGAACUUCCGAAAUGGUCCAGCUAUCCUAUUUUCUAAUCGAUUUCUCUGAACACCAUUUCUAAAAAACUAGAAUUUGAUACUUUUAUUUUAAGAAAAUAAAACAUUGUCAUUCUAUAUCAAUAUAUUCGUACAUCUAAUAAAGC